AUGGGAUUAUCAAUUUCAAAGUUAUUUGCGAGUCUCUUGGGGAGAAAGGAAAUGAGAAUACUAAUGGUUGGAUUAGAUGCAGCAGGUAAGACAACUAUUUUGUAUAAAUUAAAAUUGGGUGAAAUCGUAACUACCAUUCCAACCAUUGGAUUUAAUGUUGAAACUGUCGAGUACAAGAAUAUCUCCUUCACUGUCUGGGAUGUCGGUGGUCAAGACAAGAUUAGACCACUAUGGCGUUAUUACUUUCAAAACACCCAAGGUAUCAUUUUUGUUGUCGAUUCUAACGAUAGAGAUAGAAUAAACGAAGCAAGAGAGGAAUUACAGCUGAUGUUAAAUGAAGAUGAGUUGAAGGAUGCGGUAUUAUUGGUAUUAGCCAACAAACAAGAUUUACCGAAUGCCAUGAAUGCAGCUGAAAUCACAGAGAAAAUGGGAUUGCAUUCUAUCAGACAAAGACCAUGGUAUAUUCAAGCAACAUGUGCUACUACAGGUGAUGGGUUGUAUGAAGGUUUGGAAUGGUUAUCAACUCAAGUUGCAAAGUAA